AUGUUUGAUGAGAAGAGGUUUGUGCUUUCGGACUGUUUACAUUUGUUUGUAAAUUUACUAAUAUUUCACAAGAUAAAAGUCAUACUCUGAGAGAAAAAGGUUGAUUUCCUUCUUUUCUAAAACAAACCUAUGAUUCAAGUAUGUUAUAAAGAACAAAUAUCACGGCAGUUAUUGAAUGCACCAAACGUGAAAAGCGGUUCGUUUGUGCAAAUACGCCUUGCGGAGUUUUGCGGCAACAUAUCGGUCGAUCUGUUAUUCAACGACAUCGACUCCCUUUUCGACAAUAUCAAAGUGGUCUUCAGAAAAGUAAAGUCGAAUUAUGCCAUAAGAUAAUCGAUGUUCUCUGAUUAUUUAAGCAAUCUUCUUCAGUCAAAAGUGAUAUUAGAAACUAAAUAUUUUAUUAUUCAAAUAUUUAUGAAUAGAAAUCUUGGUCGGAGAGUAUAUACCUUGAAAAAAAACAGAUAUAUUCUAAGUUCGGCGAAACAAGCAGGGAUGGGCUUUUGGCUAGUACCUCUGCUGCUACUAUGGAAUCACCCUGACCUAAGAUGUGUGGUGAGGUACCUGACUAAUUUACCUUUGACAUUUUAAUCCCAUUUACUUUGAACGCAUUGCUUGUUUGAAUGUGACGAGAAAAGACAAACCUGUACAACCCGCCUUGCUAGCGUGCUCCUCUGUCGUUCAAAUUCUCUAUAUUAUUCACUGCUCCGUUUUUACAUGCUGUCUAAAGGCUAGGGGCUCGUGAGAUAUAACUCGCUAGUUCGUGAGAAAAUUACCUUUAAAGACACUGGGGACUCUCGACGUUAACGCAGACUUUAUACUUUUUGACAUACUGAAUAACAUUUAACGCACUAUUUGUUUGUGAAUAUCUAUUCCACUUAUAUUCCUCACAAAUUCUGAUAUUUUUACCAUCUGUGUCUUAUUAUGUAUCAUUCCAACCAACAAUUGAUGCCCCCGCCCAGUCCCUUCAUGCCAUCAAUUUUACCUUGCCUGAAUUCUGGCAACACGCUCCAGAACUUCACUUCAUCCGCAUAGAAUCAGCUUUUCUGCUAACGUUAAUAAGGAGUGGGCGAAAUACCACAAUCUCGUGGAAGUCCUCCCCGCAAGCGUCAGCUCUCAAGUUCAGUCCUUGCCAGCUGAUCCUCCUGCAGAUGCUCCCUACUCAGCGUUAAAGGCAGACAUUCUCCGACUUAAUUAUGUGCCUGACCGACAGCGGUAUCACCAGUUUAUUAAGGAGGACUCACUGGGUGACCCGAAGCCCUCAGAGCUUCUACGUCGAAUUCGUUCUCUCCUUGGAGACAUGCAAGUUGACGAUAAAUUUGUCAAAGAGAUGUUCCCGCAGAUUUUCAAACGAUCCUUGCGUCUGGCUAUCAAGAUAUUACGGUUUCACAGCAAGCUGAGAUGGCGGAUCGAAUGAUAGAGGCGCAACGAUUUCAGUCGUCUUCCGUUGCCCAGAUCUCAUCUUCAUCGUCGGUGAAUGAAAAUUCAGUGAAGCAGGUGUCGGCCAUGGCGGAUGAGAUGGCAUCCCUUAAAAUACAGCUCGCUUGCCUAACUUCCAGUCGCUCACGCAGUCGUCGUCGUUUUCGUUCGCGACAUCGGACAGCUGAUACUUGCUGAUAUCACACUUAUUUCGGCGCAAAGGCCCGUCGCUGUGCCUCACUCUGAUUUUUUAAGCCUAAACAGGGUAACCAGUCGGCCAGAGAAUAGAUGCGACCGUUUUCUCUGGCUCUUCCGGCUCUGGUCGCACCUUCUAUGUUUGCGACACUGCGACUUGCAGACGUUUCCUGGUGGAUACUGGAGCCCAAAUAAGCGUUGUUCUCCCAACUGCAGCUGAUCGUCGUUUCCCUAGCCCUGGUCUUCACCUCCAAGCUACCAACUGUUCCCCCAUUCCCACUUUUGUCUGUCUGUCACUCACUCUGAACAUUGGCCUUCGUCGAUCAUUCACUUGGACCUUUUUGAUUGCUGAUGUCCCUCAUGCAAUCCUCGGCUCGGGCUUUCUUGCCGAGUGUGAUCUCCUUGUUGACUGUCGACGUGCCCGUCUCCUCGACCGCACAACCGGUCUGUUUGUUCGUGGACUAACUCCCUUCAAUGCCCCCAGCAACUUAUCUUUCUUUGAUACGGAUAUUGCUAGUCCCAUUCGGCAACUGCUGCUUGGUCACCUCAAAAUAAUUAACCCCCAGUUUUUCAGUGUUGAGGUUCAACAUGAUGUUGUGCGCCAUAUCCGCACCGCAGGUCCUCCAGUGUUUGCUCGACCGAGACGACUAGCACCGGAGAGUUACCAGGACGCGAAGACGGAGUUUGAACACAUGCUGCAACUGGGAAUAAUUCGACCCUCCGAGAGCCCUUCGGGCGUCCCCACUGCACAUGGUGCCCAAAGUGACAUCAGGCGACUGGCGACCUUGUGGCGAUUAUCGAGCCCUCAACAGCGCCAUCAUUCCUGA